GAAAAUCACAGAUUACCAACAAAUUCAAGUUGCCCAUCAUGACACAGAACGGCACGUUUACGGUACCUGCAAUCAUCGACAACAAGGACGUCUACUUUGACGUCUCCUUCUCAGUUCGGUCUCCGGUCACAGGAAGCCGCCUCCAUGAUUCUACCAGCGCUUCGGUGGCAGAUGCCUUGACUGCCGUCGAGUCUGCGCAGAAAGCUUUCCAAAGCUGGAAGAAGACCAAGCCAACGGCAAGACGCGAUAUUUUUCUCAAGGCAGCAAAGAUCGUUGAGAAACGUGGCGACGAACUGGGAAAGUAUAUGAUGGAUGAAACCGCGGCGUCAGAAUUUUGGGGCUCGGGCUUCAACGUCCCGCUCGCGGUCGACAUGUUGAAAGACGUCGCUGGCAGAAUUCCGUCCGUCCAGGGAAGUGUCCCUAUUCCAGGCGCCGAAGGAAAAAGUGCGAUGGUUUGGAAGGAGCCAUAUGGAGUCAUCCUAGGGAUUGCUCCUUGGAAUGCACCAUAUAUCCUUGGAUUCCGAGCAAUUGUGUUUGCUAUCGCAGCUGGCAAUACAGUAAUUCUCAAGUCAUCCGAAACCUCCCCCCCAGCUUCUGGGCAAUCGGCCCUAAUUGAAGAUCCUCGAGUGAAGAAGAUCAACUUUACGGGAAGCACGCAGGUGGGUAAGGUUAUUGGCGAGCUUGCAGGUAGAAACCUCAAACCAGUUCUGCUUGAACUUGGAGGAAAAGCCCCAGCAAUUGUAUGGGAAGAUGCCGAUCUACCAAGUGCGGCACAGGCCUGUGCUAUGGGGGCAUUUCUCUACGCCGGACAGAUAUGUAUGAGCACUGAACGCAUCAUUGUGCACAAAAAUAUCGCCGAGGCUUUCGAGCGGGAGUUUGUAGCUGCUGCCAAAGGAGGAUGGAGCGGUGUGCAAGACUUGAUCAGUGAAGCCGGCGUGGAAAAGAACAAACUCCUGAUCAAGGAUGCAGUCAGCAAAGGCGCUAGCAUUCUACAUGGCGAACUGGAGGCAGUCGAGGACACUAACACCAAGAUGAAACCUAUUGGAGUCAAGGGCGUCCGAGAGGGAAUGGAUCUGUAUAAAACUGAGAGUUUUGGCCCCACUGUCUCUUUCAUUGUGGUGGACACAGAGGAAGAGGCUCUACGGAUUGCAAAUGAUACCGAGUAUGGGCUUAGUGCUGCAGUUUUCACCGAAGAUUUGAGGAGAGGGCUUCGCUUUGCAAAAGAAAUAGAAUCUGGAGCAGUACAUAUUAACGGGAUGAGCGUACACGAUGAAAGCGGUCUUCCUCAUGGAGGUGUGAAGCAGUCGGGUUAUGGUAGAUUUGGAUCAAUGGGAAUGGAUGAGUUGGUCAGAACAAAGACAGUGACUUACAAGGAUUAGCUUACUGAGAUCGCGUUUCAAUUAUCAAUUUAAUCUGGCUCUAAGCCAAUGAACGAG